AUGUCAGAAGAACACUGUACUGCCAACAGGAAGCUGGCCAAGACAAUUGAGAUCACUCAGCUCAUCAACAUUGGGAACAAGGAGGUGAAUCAACAAGAGGAGAACCUGUGUGAGAGGCACAACCAGGUGCUGGGUCUCUUCUGUGAGGAGGACCUGGAGAUGUUCUGUUCUGACUGUGUUCAGCCCCAUGACCAACAGGGACACUAUGUGUGGUUUCUGGAGGAGGCUGCUUCCUAUUACAGAGACAAGGUCAACAGUUCCACCACACUCUUAAUGGAGCACUUAGGGAAAUCCGAGUUAGUGGAAAAGAGACAAGACAUAGUAUUCCAGGAAGUGAGAGACCAAAGGAGUCAACACAAGUCAAAGGUGACCUCUGGCUCAGAGCACUUGAAUGAACUUGUGGACAGAGAGCAAAGGACAGCUUUCUGCAGACUAGCUCAAGAAAGAAGGACAAUUUGGAGAGAACAGACGAGAAUAUCACUAACUUCAAAGACCACAUCCCCACCAUCUAAUGCUCUGUUCCAGGAAGCAUUAGAGAGGAGUGUGAUGUCAGACAUGAACAUUCUGAGUGAGGUCAAGAGGAUUCAUCACAGGUGUGCGAGCCUGCAGGUCCCAACUGUGUGCUCCUUCCAGCUAUGGAGGGAGGGUUAUUGUUUUCCUCCACAGGAUUCAGCUCUGGAGAAGAUUCAACAGAAAUUCAAAGCUGAAGUGACUCUGGAUCCACAUACCGCAGAUCCUCAUCUGUGUGUGUCCAAGGACAAGCGAUCUGUGACACUGAGGAAGAGAAGAAGUAAAGUUCUCCAGAGACAGCAGCCUAUUCCCUUUGAUCUUCAAGUCCUGGGCUCUCAAGAAUUCCUUGCUGGCCGCCAUUACUGGGAGUUUCCCAUUUAA